AUGAUUUUCGCACUGGCAAGAAAGUGGAAGGUGCCUGCGAAGCAUGGAGAUGUUCCAAAUGCUUACGUUAAAGCAGACAAGGAAGAUAAUCUCGAUAUCUACAUCCACGUACCACAGGGAAUGCAGAUUGCAGAGGACUUAAAGAAGAAGAUCGGUGUUUCACAGAACAACGAGAUUGUUUUGGAGCUGAAGAAGGCACUAUAUGGAUUAAAACAAGCAGGAAGACUAUGGAGUAAAUUGCUACACCAGAAAUUGGUUGAUAUUGGUUUUAAACAAAGUCUCACGGACACGUGUGUCUACUUUAGAUGGACACAUGGUCAUCUAUUGAUUGUUGGAGUUUACGUGGAUGACCUUCUGGUAACAGGAAGUGAUCAGGGUUCUGUGAAUUCUUUUUUUGAUGAGCUCAAUUCACUAUCGGUCAAGGAUCUUGGAUGUGCUCGCAAGUUUUUGGGUAUGCGUAUUCAAUACAAUGACGAAAAUGGGUACACUUUUGAUCAAGAAGUUGGAAUUAUGGACAUGCUGAAGGAGCAUGGUCUCGAAAUGGGACAUAGCGUGCGUGUUCCAAUUACUCAAGACUGGAACGUUAAUGAAGAAUCGGUAGCUGUGCCGUUACCGGUAUUUGGAGGAGAUGGUGUGGUUACGGUGAAAGUUUUCCAGUCACUUGUGGGAAGUUUACUAUGGAUUUCGCGUUGCACCAGACCAGAUAUCGCUUUCGCGGUGCAUAAAGCGUCAAGAAGGACUCAUAAGCCCACGAUGGGAGAUUAUAAGUUGGCCAAGAAAAUUGCAAGGUACAUAUCUGGCACGAAGACAUUGCGACUUUCUAUGAUUGGAAGAGAAGAUGAACCAGAGCUGUUACAAGUGGUUGGGUACAGUGAUGCGGAUUUCGCUGCCGACAAAGGUGACAGAAAAUCUGUCACGGGUGGUUUAAUUACGAUUGAUGGCAUGCCAGUGAGCUGGAUGUGCAAGAAGCAAGGCGGUGUAUCACUUUCGACCAUGGAGGCUGAGUUUACAGCUGCAUCCAUUAUGGCUCGAGAACUUUUGGGCAUUCGCGAACUGUUGCAAGAGUUAGAUUUGAGAUUUGAAGAGCCUAUACCACUGCGAGUGGAUAACCAAGCGGCUUUGAAACAACUUGACGGUGAGAGAGCUUCGGCUAAGGCCAAACGCAUUGAUGUGCGCAUCAAGUUUGUCGGUGAUUUCGCGAAGCGAGGAAUCAUAAAGCCUGAAUAUCGAGAAACUUCGAGUAUGACUGCGGACAUACUAACGAAGGCAUUGGCUGCACCGAGAUUGGUCGAGAUGCGUCAAGUGAUCGGUUUAAACUAA